AUGGGUUUGCUUGAUUUCAUUAGAGGUCUCAGAAAAUCUGAUAAGGAGGCUCGUAUUUUGAUUUUAGGUCUUGAUAACAGCGGAAAGACUUGCUCGUUGAAGAGUUUGGCAGGAGAGAAGGAGGAAAUUUCCACAGUUAUGCCAACACAAGGAUUCAAUAUUAAAUCAGUGCAAACUGGUAACGUGAAACUCAAUGUGUGGGAUAUCGGAGGUCAAAAGGCUAUCAGACCAUACUGGCCAAAUUACUACAAGAAUGCCGAUGCCAUCAUUUACGUGGUUGAUUCAACAGACAGAAAUCGUUUUGAAGAGGCAGGAUACGAACUUGAUUGUUUGUUAAAAGAUGAAAAUCUUGCUGGAAUUCCAUGUCUUGUUUUUGCUAAUAAGCAAGAUAUUCCUCUCAUUGCUGCGUCUGCUGGGAAAUAG